AUGUCGACCUUCUCUGCUCCGAUUCGAGUAUUUGUUGAUUUAUGCUGCAUUGCAGAUCCCAACCAGCUGGUUGACGCCAACCAAGCAAAGGACCUCGAGCCGAAUAUGAAGGAUCCAAUUGCGUUGGAGAAGGCCCUCGAGGAACAGGCUGCUAUGGAACAGCACGGCGCCAUAAUUGGAUCCAUCUCCUUGGGUCUUCUGAUCGUGACUGUUAUAUGCAUGGGUGAGCAAAUUAAAAUGCAUGUUCAUAUAGCUGCGCAUUAA